AUGGGGAUUUACUGGUCCGUCGGGGUGCUGGUUAAGAACACAGAGGAGACUCUUCUCGUCUGCCUUGAGAAAACGACAUUGCUCAGGCCGAAUGAAGGCAUCACUAUCAAUGUUCAAGUUCGAAAGCGGGAUGCUACUCACCGAAUUGGGGGUAAAUGGGUGGUGGACGAGGGCAGAUAUGCAUUCGGUCUUGGGAACGGGGUCAAGAAUGCGAUAGAGACAAGUUUAGAGCUCAAUGUCGAAGACUACACUUGA